CGGCCGGGGCCCAGAGCUGGGUCCCUCCUCCUCACGCGGUGGUUGUUACUCUAGCUGCCGGGCUCUCCCGAGGGUGAUGGAUUUUGAGAAUCUUUUCUCCAAACCCCCCAACCCGGCCCUGGGUAAAAAACCGACCACGGACUUUGAUGAAAGAAUCGAUGAUGGAAUAGAUGAUGCAGAAGUUGAAGAAACACAAGAAGAGAAAAGAAAAACACAAGAAGAGAAAAUAAAAUGGGAAGUAAAACUGGAAUGUGAGCAAAUACCCAAAAAAUUUAGGCACUUUGGGAACUCCACAAUAUCCCCGAAGAAUUUGCAAUAUAGAAAAUCAAGAAGUAAGGACUAUGAUGUGUAUAGUGAUAAUGAGACCUGCAGUCAGGAAUCAGAAGAUAAUUUUGCUAAAGAGCUUCAGCAGUAUAUACAAGCUAAAGAAAUGGCAAAUGCCGCGCAAUCCUUACCAUUUCCUGAAGAAUCAAUGAAGAAAGAGGGAGUGAAGGAUAUCCAGAAAGCUGUUAAACAAAAAAAUAAAAACCCAAAAGCUGUCCAGAAGAAUGGUAAGCAGAAGAAAAUGAAGCGAAAACGGGCUGGUAUGGGCCAGAAAGGAUCAAACGCUUCCUUGCAGAACAGAAGCUCACAGGAACAGGAUGAUAAACCUAAGGAGAAGCAGCCACGUGUGAGAAUGAGUCAGGGAUUCAUCAACCAACAUACAGUGGAACGCAAGGGGAAACAAAUUUGUAAAUAUUUUCUUGAAAGGAAAUGUAUUAAGGGAGACCAGUGUAAAUUUGAUCAUGAUGCCGAGAUAGAGAAGAAAAAGGAAAUGUGUAAAUUUUAUGUACAAGGAUAUUGUACCAGAGGUGAAAACUGCCUAUAUUUGCAUAAUGAAUAUCCUUGCAAGUUUUACCAUACAGGAACAAAGUGUUAUCAGGGUGAAUAUUGCAAGUUUUCACAUUCUCCACUGACUCCUGAAACACAAGAAUUGUUGGCCAAAGUUUUGGAUACUGAAAAGAAGUCAUCAUGAAAAUAAAAGGCAUAAAAAAGUUUUGUAUAGAUGAAGAAUACUUAUGCCUACGCCCGUUCAAGACUGUUGAUUUGGAGUGGUUUACAAGAGUACUCAUUUAAAGCGCCCUCUUGUGUCGGUAUGAUGUUGUGCAUCUUCUUUAAUGGAUGGUGUGGAGGGGACAGAAUCUAGUGUACGAGUGAGGGAAUUAGUCUUCACCAAGAUAUUCCAGCCAGUGGAACAAGAGGGGAGCAUAUAUGGCAGAGAUGCUGGCUGGUAGGUCAACGUUGUGGUAUUAAAUUGCAGAAGUCUUUUCUGAUUGAGUUUUGACAAUAAAAUAGGAAGAAAGGUUAAGCUGAGUGAGGAUAGAUGAAGAGAUAUAGGAGAUCGAAGAGAGAAAACUGUUAAGUUUCUCUAAGAAGACACUGGGAUAAUAGGUAGAUGAUGACUAUAUGGUUAGAUCUUUUCAUGUCAUUAAAUACAUUUGCAACAUAUUUUUAAUGGUUGCUCAUAAUUUUGUUUUAUGGCUUAAAUUAUGGUUUUGUGAUUUAUUUUUUAAAACCACUUUCUUGUUUUUUCCAGUAUCUUACUUGUAAAUAAAAUGGAACAAUGCCUCUUG